GUUUUUGAAGAUUUUCCGUGCCAACAUGGCACUGCUUUUGAGGUGUUUCUUAUUCUCCAUCAUCUGUUCCUUCUGCAUUCAAGCUGUUGACAAAAAUAAUUUCAAGACUUGUGAUCAAAGUAGUUUUUGCAGACGUUUGCGAGCUGCUAAACCUGGCGAGAGCAAAUAUGAGUUGGAUUUGUCCUCCCUACAAGUAUCUGAUCAUUCUAUUGAAUCGGUAUUACUGAACACAGAGGCUGGAAUUCAGUUGAAAUGGUCUCUGACUGCUCUCAAUGGAAAUAUAUUUCGUAUUCAAGUAGAUGAAGCUAGUCCUCUCUAUCCAAGGUAUAGGCCACAGUUAGCACUGAAUGGAGAAACACAAGUAGCCAAAUUGGAAAUUGUUGACCGUAAUAAGGACAUAGUGACGGUCCAGCACGGCCACAACAGAGCAAUCAUUCAAGCGAGGCCGUUCAAAAUAGAAUUUUUCAAUGAUGAUGUCUUGGUCAGCGUUGUUAACGGUAGAGGAUUGUUCACUUUCGAACACUACCGGAAGCGGGCAGAAGGAGAAGAAUCACAAGCACAGGAAGAUCCUGGUGCAUGGGAAGAGAAUUUCAAGUCGCAUCAUGAUAGCAAACCGAAAGGGCCCUCUGCUGUUGGCCUUGACAUCAGUUUUCCUGGGGCACUGAGAGCUUAUGGCUUGCCAGAACAUGCAGACAAACUCGCCCUGAGGACAACUGGUCAAGGUGGUAUCGAUCCCUACCGCCUAUAUAACCUCGAUGUUUUCGAAUACGAACUGGAAUCCACCAUGGCCAUAUACGGGGCUGUUCCAGUAGUUUACGCUCAUUCUCCCCAGAAAACAGUGGGCGCCUUUUGGCAUAACGCAGCCGAGACUUGGGUAGACAUCAACAACAGCAAAGAUGGAAAUGUCAUGUCCUCUUUGGUCAACUUGGUAUCCGGAAGUAAAUCAGAGAAUAACGUCGAUGUUCAUUUCAUGAGCGAGAGUGGUAUUGUGGAUUUGUUCAUUUUGAUGGGUCCCACGCCAAAAGAAACCGUCAGGCAGUAUGCGACUCUCACUGGAGUGGCUCCUCUACCGCAAUACUUCACCUUGGCAUACCACCAGUGCAGAUGGAACUACAAUGACGAAGACGACGUUACCACCGUCGUCGACAACUUCGACUCUCACAACAUGCCGGUCGAUGUUAUGUGGCUAGACAUUGAAUACACCGACGGCAAAAAGUAUUUCACUUGGGAUCCGAUCAAAUUUCCACAUCCAGACGUCAUGAUCAACAAUCUCACUUCCACCGGCAGAAAACUAGUCGUCAUCAUCGACCCGCACAUCAAACGGGAAUCAGGGUACUUUCUGCACGAAGAUGCGUUGGCCAACGAUUACUAUGUGAAAACUAAGGACGGCAGCGUGUACGAAGGGUGGUGUUGGCCAGGGUCUAGCAGCUAUUUGGACUUUUAUGAUCCCAAAACGGUCGACUAUUACAAGGGGCUGUACGGGCUGGAUAAAUUCAGGGGCACGACCAAUGAUGUCUUCAUUUGGAACGAUAUGAACGAGCCGUCGGUUUUCAACGGACCUGAGGUCACUAUGCCGAAAGAUUGCUUGCAUCAUGGCGGAUGGGAGCACAGGGAUGUACACAAUGAAUAUCCAUUGGCACAUGCCGCCGCCACUUUCGAAGGCCUCAUUCAACGCUCUAGCACCCGUCGUCCCUUCAUCCUCACUCGAGGCCACUUUGCCGGCUCCCAACGAGUGGCCGCCAUUUGGACAGGAGACAACGCGGCUGAAUGGUCCCACCUAGCCGCCAGCUACCCCAUGUGCCUUUCUGAAGCCUUGGCGGGCAUCAGCUUCUGCGGCGCCGACGUCGGCGGGUUCUUCAACAACCCGGACGUGGAACUGUUGCAGAGGUGGUACCAGGCCGGCAUAUGGCUGCCGUUCUUCAGGGCGCACGCGCACAUAGACACCAGACGGCGCGAGCCCUAUCUGUUCGACGAAGACGUGCGUAAUAGGAUACGAACGGCGCUGAGAUUGAGGUACGCGCAUUUGCCCUUGUGGUACACUUUGUUCUGGGAGCACGAGACGUUCGGGGAUCCGGUGAUCAGGCCACUUUUCUACCAGUACCCGGAAGACUUGGACAGUUUGGAUGUGGACAACGUGGUUCUCGUGGGAGACGCUGUGUUAGCUAGAGCCGUUGCGGAUGCUAGAGCGACAACUGUGAGCGUUUACUUGCCGGGAGGUCAGGAUGAGUACUGGUACGACAUGGAAGACUUCAAACAGUACCACGGUACCGGUAACCAUAAUAUCCCCGUGUCCCUGGAUAAAAUCGUAGCGUUCUACAGAGGAGGGAGUAUAGUUCCGAGAAAAGACAGGCCUAGACGUGCCUCGGCGAUGAUGCGCAAUGAUCCUUUCACUCUUUAUGUAGCUCUCGACAAUAAAAAGACAGCUUCUGGCACGCUCUUCGUCGACGAUAACGAGAGUUUCGAGUAUAGGAACAAAAAGUACAUUUACCUUAGCUUUAGUUUCAAGGACAACACUUUGACCAGUACUUUGAUGGACAAGACUGAUUAUCCUAGCAAGGAAUGGGUGGAAAGGGUGGUUAUUUUGGGACCACCAAGUGGGGUGAAAGGGGCUAGGCUCAACAGCAAGAGCCUAGGAACGGUGGAGUUAGAGACCUCGUAUGGCAACGAGGAUAGAUCAUUGAUUAUACGUAAGCCUGGUGUUAGUAUUAGGGAGCCUUUCACUAUUAAGUUAUACUAAAUUUAUUUAGGUGAUAUUUUUUAUGUUUAGCACAUUGUUUCUAUAUUUUCUUGUCAUCAAACGUUUUGGGCAUUUGAUAUAUCAAAGAGUUCAAAUUCUUGUAAAAUAUUGGUCUUGCAACGUGAACAUUUCAAUGUACAUCUUCAAUAAUAUCAUAAAUAUUUGGAAUUC